AUGGUUGCGAAAGCAGCUGAAAAUCAUUUGGAUUCAAAAGUACCAAUUAAAAAAAUGAAUGAUCUUGUAUCCAAUGUAGAAUGUAUUCUUAUUGGAAUUUUAUUUAAACAAAUGGUUUUAAAACCAAGCAUUGUUAAACAGAUAGCGACUGAAAACAGCUUCAAUUUACAACCAUCACGUACACGUUAUGUUGAUCCUACUGAUAAACUAAUUCUUGAAGAAGAAUCCCAAAGAAUCGAGCUCAACGGAAAUAUUGAUAUUAAUCAAUUUGUUACGGGCGUUGCUAUAGCGGUACAUGGCUAUGAAGAUGGUCGAGGUGUAUUUAUUGUUAAAGAUUAUUGUUUUAAAGAUCUUUCUAUUCCAAAAAAAUUAUCACCACCAAAGGAGGAUAAAUACAUUUUAUUUACUUCGGGUUUUCUUCUCUCUGAAAGUUCAGUCAUUUUUAAUCAACUUGAAUGUCUAGUUAAUUCAUUAACACAACCAACAAACAUUCAAUCUGAACAGUUAAAAACCAUUCUAACCAAUACUAUUCGAUUUAUUGUUGCUGGCAAUUUAAUUGAAAGUUCCAAUCGAUUGAAAGAUACAACAAAUCAAGCAAAAUAUUUAACAAGAAAAAUGACAGCAAGCAGUGUCGAAGCCAUGCAUAGUAUCGAUGAAUUAUUUGAUAAAAUCGCUCUAGGUUAA